UUGGAUUCUAUUAUUCGCGUCGACCACGCGGGUGAAUUAGGUGCCGACAGGAUCUACGCGGGGCAGAUGGCGGUGUUAGGGAACACUAAGGAAGGUCCGCUCAUCAAACACAUGUGGGAACAGGAGAUCAAACACAGGGAGAAGUUCGAAGAACUUAUCUCCAAGUAUAGAGUCAGGCCAACCAUUAUGACGCCUAUAUGGAAUAUAGCUGGAUUUGCAUUAGGAGCUGGCACAGCGCUGCUAGGUAAAGAAGCAGCGAUGGCGUGCACUGUGGCGGUGGAAACAGUUAUAGUAGAACAUUAUAACGACCAACUGAGGACCUUGAUGGAGGAUCCUAACGUAGAUAAGGACAUCUUACAAACUAUCACCAAGUUCAGGGAUGAAGAACAGGAACACCACGACACGGGGCUCGACCAUGGAGCGGAACAGGCGCCAUUUUAUAAAGCACUCACUGAAGUCAUUAAAACCGGAUGUAAAGUCGCCAUCAGUAUAUCCAAGAAGAUAUAA